CUUUACCUCGGAGAUAGACAGGAGUUUUUUCCAUCAUUUGUACUUUAAAUUUAAAACGGAGAAGACAUGGAAAGUGUAAGUGAAGCGACAGACUGGGAAAGGUUGCAAGAGGGAUUCAGGUUACUGAAGUGGACGGAAAAUAUAGCGAGGAUUUUAGGUGUAUGGCCUCCAGAUCCAACCUACUAUUUAUUUAACACGCUUCUCAUGUAUGUACAUUUCAUAAUGUUCCUACAACUUAUGUAUCUUUACAAGUCUCUUCACGACUUGGAUCAAUUUCUUAAUGUCAUGUCGGAGUAUACCGUGUUCGUUUAUAUUUACACAUCUAUUUUGAUGCUGAGAGUGAACAAUUGUCAACUUGGUCAAUUAUUGACUCAAAUUCUUGAAGAUUACAAAAUAAGUGCGUUCAAUGAUUCUCAUGAAAUUGAUAUCUUCAUGCAGUUUAUCAAUAGAGCUCGAAUUUUAAUGAAAGGAUUAAUUUUUUACGCUUCUAUGACUGAAUUCCUUUGGUACCUUAAACCAUUGAUUACAUUAUCGGAAAACUUGGUUGAUGAAAACAACAAAACAAACUACGCUUUGCCAUAUGAACUUUGGUGGUUUUAUGAAAUAGAAUCUACAAAAAGUUUUUUUUUUGUAUACUUAUUUCUUCUGCCAGGGCCUGUCCUUGCUGCGGUCGGUAGUAUGUCAGCAGAUUGCUUCCUUAUUUUCCUGGUGUUCUACAUUAGUGGAAGGAUGGCGAUAUUAACGGAAAGAAUCGACGCACUUGAAAGUGACAAAGAAAACACCAGAAGCGAACUCACUAAAGUAAUUGCUGAGCACAGAAAAUUAUUAGAAAUGGGUGAGGAGGUCACAGACGCUUUUAGAGUUAUUUUACUGGUUUAUUUCGUAAGCGCAAAUUUUAUGUUGUGUGUCCUUGGCUAUAAACUGCUAAUAAGUUUCAUGAUUAAUGAUGUGGUUGAAAUAGUACAAUAUACAAUAUAUUUUAUUGAAAUGUACACUAUGUUAGCUAUUUAUUGUAUGAUAAGUGAGCAUUUCACUUCUGAGAGCCUGAAAUGCGGGGAAGCAUUUUACCAAUGUCCUUGGUAUAAUUUCCCUUUAGAUUGCACCAAAGAUAUUAUCUUCAGUAUUGCAAGAUCUCAAAGACCUUUGGGACUUCAAGCUGGUAAAUUUACGACCUUCAGCAGCGUUACAUUAACGGAUGUGUCAAAAACAGCCGCGGGGUAUUUAUCAGUUCUUCGGAACUUUUUGAUUCUUGAUGAAUAA